CUUGGUCUAGUCUGAUUCAGACUGGGGAGAAUGGCUGCCUGUGGAGAAAUAGGCAAGCUGUUACAAGUACAGAAUGGGACUCCUGUAAACUCAAACUACAAUGGUGUUGAUGCUGUCCAUGCAUGUACAGUGCUUCAGCAACUCAAAGCCUUGUACGAUGAAGCACAGCUCACAGACAUUGUCGUAGAAGUGGACCAUGGCCAGACCUUCUCCUGUCACCGGAAUGUCCUUGCCGCAAUCAGCCCUUACUUUAGGUCCAUGUUCACCAGUGGCCUUACAGAGAGCAGCCAGCGCGAGGUUCGGAUCGUCGGGGUGGAGUCGGAGUCCAUGCAGCUGGUCCUGGACUAUGCCUACACAUCCAGGGUCACGCUGUCUGAGUCUAAUGUCCAGGCCUUGUUCACGGCAGCCAGCAUCUUCCAGAUCCCAGCCCUGCAGGAUCAGUGUGCCCAGUUCAUGAUCAGCCGGCUGGACCCUCAGAACUGCAUCGGCGUGUAUAUGUUUGCGGAUGCCUACGGCCACCAGGAACUGAGGGAACGCUCCCAGGAUUACAUCCGCAAGAAGUUCCUGUGUGUGUCAAGUGAACAGGAGUUCCUCCAGCUCAACAAGGAUCAGCUGGUCAGCAUCUUGGACAGCGACGACCUGAACGUGGAGAAGGAGGAACAUGUGUUCCAGAGCAUCAUCCGUUGGCUGGAACAUGAUCAGCCUUGCCGGGAGGCGGACCUGACCGAGGUGUUCGGCCAGUGUAUCCGCCUGCCGCUCCUCGACGAGACCUUCCUCAGCGAGAUCCCCCCCUCCUUCGUCUACGCGCUCACCCUAUCUAGGGACCCCUCCGAGGCCAAGGCCCACGUCAACGGCACCAAUGGCUGCCCGCAGCGCCUGGGCAUGACGGCCUCCGAGAUGGUCCUCUGCUUCGACGCUGCGCCCAAACACUCAGGGAAGAAGCAGACAGUGCCUUGUCUGGACACCGCUACCGGGAAGGUGUUUAAGCUCUGCAAACCCCCUAAUGACCUUCGGGAGGUGGGUAUCCUGGUGUCCUCGGAAAACGACAUCUACAUCGCAGGAGGCUACCGCCCGAGCAACAGCGAGGUGUCCAUCGACCACAGGGCAGAGAGCGACUUCUGGCAGUAUGAGCACGCAGGGAACCGGUGGCUGCCCCUCUCCCCCCUGCUGAGGGCCAGGAUCGGCUGCAGGCUGGUGCACUGCUGUGGGAAGCUCUACGCUCUGGGUGGCCGUGUGUACGAGGGCGACGGGCGCAAUGCGCUCAAGUCGGUCGAGUGCUAUGACGCCAGGGACAACUGCUGGACGGCUGUCAGCCCCAUGCCCGUGGCCAUGGAGUUCCACAGUGCAGUGGAGUACCGAGACCGCAUCUACGUUCUCCAGGGGGAAUUCUUUUUCUGUUUCGAUCCUCGCAAGGACUACUGGGGCCACCUGGCUCCUAUGGGUGUCCCUAGGAGCCAGGGCCUGGCAGCCUUGCACAAGAGCUGCCUCUACUACAUUGCGGGGAUCUGCAGGAACCACCAGCGCACCUUCACUGUCGAGGUCUACGACAUUGAGCAGAACACCUGGAGCCGUAAGAAAGACCUGCCCUUUGAGCAGGCUACCAGCCCCUACAUCAAGGCCAUGCUGCUGCAGGGCCGGCUGCACCUGUUUGUCCGAGCCACACAGGUCAUGGUUGAAGAGCAUGUGUUUCGCACCAGUCGCAAGAACUGCCUUUUCCAGUAUGACGACGAGGCAGACAGCUGGACGAAGGUCUAUGAGACGCCCGACCGGCUCUGGGAUCUAGGCCGCCAUUUUGAGUGUGCGGUGGCCAAACUGUACCCUCAAUGUCUACAGAAAGUCCUCUGAGGGAGCUGGUGCUGUUUUGUGAACCCAAUCCUUCCUUGUGCCUGGUGCAGCUCUGGGUUUGCGCCACAAGGACCAUCUUUGGUUUAGUCUUAAAGCGUUAACUUUAAAAUAUGAUCAAAUUGGGGUGCUUUUAAAGAUUGCAGUAUUCUUUUUUCAGUCAGUACCAAAUACACUGAUGCUUAUUUACCGUACCCUACAAUGAAUCAUAAGUGCAAUUAUCAUCUUAUUUGCUUGUUGUUGAGCCAUGUUCCAUUUUCUUUGAAAGGCAUACAUAGCUAUGGAUUUAUUUUUAAGUGAUUAGCAUGCAACAUAGUGCCCUCUGGAAAUGGACAGCCACAUUUCAGCAUAAAGUGAACAUUUUAUAUAUAUAACUAUAUAUACUAUACAUCCAUACGGGUAUGAGCUCAGGUGCUCAUUGGUGGGUGGCUCAGAUUAAG